UUCACAAGGCUGGAACUCUUGUUGUUUUCUGUCAAAUAUUUAUGUGUUCUUGCUAGACAUUCGAGUAUAUUUUGUUUCUUAAGUAGAAAGUAGAAAAGCUUGAGAAUAAUACAAUGAAUAACUGCAAAAAGGGCGAGAUGCGCCAGGAGUCCGACAGCCUGGGACCCAUGGAGGUGCCCAUGGAUCGUUACUAUGGCGCUCAGACGAUGCGUUGUGUUCUCAACUUUCGCAUUGGUGGCGAUGAGGAGCGCAUGCCGCGCCAGAUCAUCCAGGCCAUGGGGAUUUUAAAGAAGGCAGCUGCCGAAACCAAUCAGGAGUUUGGAUUGGACCCCAAGCUGAGCACAGCCAUCUCCAAUGCCGCCGAUGACGUGAUCUCUGGGAGGCUCUACGACGAGGGUCACUUCCCACUGCCCAUCUGGCAGUCUGGAUGUGGGACGCAGAGCAACAUGAACACCAAUGAGGUGAUUGGUAACCGGGCCAUUGAGGGGCUAGGUGGCAGGAUUGGCUCCAAGGAUCCGAUUCAUCCCAACGACCAUGUGAACAUGUCUCAGAGCUCCAACGAUACCUUUCCCUCGGCCAUUCACAUCGCUGUAGCCACUGCCUUGACCAAGGAGCUGCGUCCGGCGGUCACCGCUCUGCGAGACGCUUUGCAGACAAAGUCAAAAGAGUGGAAAGAAAUCAUUAAGAUUGGACGCACGCACGCCCAGGACUCAGUGCCAAUGACGCUGGGCCAGGAGUUUAGUGGCUAUGCCCAGCAGAUGACCUAUGGGUUGGCACGAAUCGAGGCGGUGCUGCCACGGAUCUACAUGUUGGCCCUGGGCGGCACUGCCGUCGGAACGGGAUUGAAUUCACGCCGGGGAUUCCCCGAGAAAUGCAUCAGACGAAUCGCCCAGCUCACAUGCCUGCCCUUUGAGGUGGCACCCAAUUUCUUUGAGGCGCUGGGCAGUCGCGAUGCCCUGGUGGAGGUGCACGGAGCCCUCAACGUUCUGGCCGUCAGUCUGAUGAAGAUGGCCAACGAUAUACGACUCAUGGGAUCUGGACCGCGCUGCGGCUUGGGAGAACUCUACCUGCCGGAGAACGAGCCGGGCAGCUCGAUAAUGCCCGGCAAGGUUAAUCCCACACAGUGCGAGGCCUUGACCAUGAUCUGUGCCCAGGUAAUGGGCAAUCAUGUGGCCGUUUCCGUAGGCGGUGCCAGCGGGAAUUUUGAGCUGAACGUCUUUGCGACGAUGAUUGUAUCAAAUGUGCUGCGUUCCAUUACGCUGCUCGCGGACGGAUGCCGCAGCUUCAAUUGUAACUGUGUCAAGGGCAUCAAGCCCAACAAGGAAAAGCUGACCAAGAACGUUAAUGAGUCGCUGGUGCUGGCGACUGCCCUCUGUCCGAAUAUUGGCCAUGAUAAGACGGUCCAAAUUGCUAAAGCGGCUCUCCAGAAUGGAACCACGGUGAAGGAAGAGGCCUUAAAGGCCGAAAUUUGCGAAAAGGAUUACAACGAAUGGGUGCGCGUCGAGAAGAUGCUGGGACCCCACUGAUCUUCUUAGCAAUGGUCUCCGUUUCAUUUGUUUCAUAUUCCCCACUUAAUUAUAAAUUUCAUGUCAGAGCUACA